UCUCUCUAUUCUUCUUCUUCUUCUUCUUCUUCUUGAUUUAUAAUCUUCCUUCUCUGGGUAGAAAGACUCCAAAAUCAAAAAUCUCUCUUGUAUUCUGUCUUUCCUUUUCUGAUAUUAAUACGCUUUCAGGUUUUAUAGAAUCCCAAAUUCCUUCUCUUUCUCACUCUGGCCGUUGUGAAUGGUGGAAACUGUUGUUUGUGAUUUCAUGCUUUACUCACACCCUGCGAGGGCAACCGCGCGAUUCCCAGCCGCGCAGUUUUCCUCUCACUCUGUCUUCGGAGUAGCCCAUCAACACCUACACAACCGUCUUCCUCUCUCUGCGGCCUCUGUUUUCUCCUUCGGUUCCUGCAAGCAAGGCUGGUACUACCGCUGCCUUGGCCUUGAUCCCUAAAGGAAUCAACCCAUUUUACUUCCUACCCAAUCUCACCUUUUCUUCGAUCCAUCAUCGCCUUAAUCUCUAAUCUUAUCGAGUUUCGUUUCUUUUGCUUUUGAUUCGAUUCUCAUAGCCCUUCAUCUUUUUAGUUAUUUUGCUAGCGCAUUCGAUCAGAAACACCAAAUAGAAGAAGAAAAAGAAAAAAUGUUGCUUCAGAAGCCCAAGAAGAACCAGAACGUCAAGGGCAACCGCCUCUUGAUCACCAUCAAUGUCCUUGGAAGUGCAGGACCCCUUAGAUUCGUUGUCAAUGAGGGAGAGCUCGUCGCCGCGGUCAUCGACACCGCUCUUAAAUCUUAUGCUCGCGAAGGUCGUCUCCCUGUUCUCGGCUCUGAUCUGAAUAAUUUUCUCCUCUAUUGCGCCAAUGCCGGAGCUGAUGCUUUGAGUCCGUGGGAGACCAUUGGAUCCGGGGGAGGAAGGAAUUUCGUUCUGUGCAAGAAACCUGAGCCAACCAGGUCGGUGGAAGGAGGAGAGAUUCCAGUCGAAGCUGGGAAACCGACACGGAAGGCGAUGAUUAAUACUGCUCGGAAGGGGAAUGGUAGCUGGAAAUCAUGGAUCAACAAAUCCCUUAGUCUCAAGAUCUAUUCACAUUGAAGCCAAAAUCUUAGAACUGUGGAUGAAGGAAUAAGGAAGUUGGAAGAUGUCAUUAAAAGACUCCUCUUUGAUCAUUUAAAAUUGUUGUUUCACUUGAAAACAGGCUUGUAUGGCGAUUAUA